CGAAGCACCACGACGCGAAUAGAUGCGAACAGGAGCAAUGGCAAAGAAAGAUCUGGACCAAAGGCACAAGCGCUUGCUGGCGCGGCUUGCUAUGGGCAUGUGUGGCCUGUGUGGCUUACAGAUGUGGGACAUGUUGACGAUGACCCGGGAGGCCCAUGAGUUCCAAAGACUUCCGCAUCCCAGAGCCUUCAUUGGGAACGUCAUGGCUGACACACCUGACCUGAGCGGUGACCGUCGGCAGAAGGCAGCCAAGCGGCUUGCUGAAGCAAAAGAGGUGCUGGAUGAAGCCCUGGAACUAAAGGCCGCUGGCGUGUCUGGAAAAGGUCUUUGGUACAGAGUCAUCACUGAGGGUGAAGAUGGCAUCGGGAUUCGGAAGGCCCCUAGGAUGGAUGGACCACGCGUGGAAGACCUCGUUCGUGGCAGUGUGUUUGAGGUGGAUAAAUUGAUCCAGAAGGAGGGUCAGCCGAUCUGGCUACACUUAGAUGAUGGCCGUGGUUGGGUUUUUGAUUUGACCCCAGUUGAUUCAGACACGCCAACGGUGGAAAGAAUACAAGGCGCUUACGAAUAUGGCAGAACCAUUGAAGAACUGGAAGCGGAUGUCGAAGCGGCGAGAUUGGAACUAGACAGGAUCCGGGGAGCAAAACGAGGUGCUUCCUGACUUCAUGACACUUUUUUGCUGUGCCAUUUGAUUGGCCCGCGGCAAUGCUUUGGAGAGACCAGCGUCCAUGAAAAA